AUGGAGUCUGAGAACGCUCAAGAAGCUUCCCUAGAGGGAGAUAAACACCCCGCCCCGGUCGUUGAGCUUCCCCUCAACGCAUCUGACACGCAAAACACCGAUGAUCCUACAUCAGACUCCGCAAAGCCAGCCGUGAAACUUCAAUUCGCCUAUCCUGUGAUGUCCGAUGCUCUGAGUGCAUUGAUUGAAGGAAAUAUCACAGUUGUCGAGUGGGGAUCUCAAGUUCAAUACCGAUGCGGGUAUGCAGAAGUCCUAAUUCGCGUUGAGUGGGCGGUGCCCGACGAGCAGUUGUCUGUGGCCUCGCAGAUUCUGAUUGAUCAUGGCUUCCCUCUUCUAGAGCAUGGUUGGAAUCAACUGGUUCUUGGAAUGUGGGGGACCAACUGUAUACCCCAUGAUCUUGACGGAGCUGGGCAUAAAAAAGUUCACCUCCUUCCACUUUCCCUCGUUGGAUUCACCCUCGAAGAAACUAUCGAGGUGCCAUCAACAUUCAAUCCUGAACUUACUCUGCGCACUCCCAAGCCCCCACGAUACUUUCUAUCAUUAUUCAGACACCUCCUACAACUACCGCUUGCCGACUGUAGCCGGAUCCGAGUUACCAAAGACAUAUGCUCAUUCAUUCUGGGCUCUGUUAUCCAUUCCCUACCUUCCCACACUCCUCGCUGGAUUGUCGACGCAGAAAGCGAUGAAGACUAUCAAAAAAGGGUUGAACAAGGGAUUCUGGAAAUGAAAUCGUGGGAUUGGGGUGAGGUGGAACCAAGAUACCUUGAAAUGGUGGAGCGUGCUGUUCGUGAUUGUCACUACACCGAAACCUUGACCGAUGUUGUUGAUGACGAAGAUGAGGAUGGUUCAUCGGCCCGUAAGAUCCACCGAUUUCCUAUUCCAAGUUUUCCUAGGGAUUUGGUGUAA